AGCUGCGGGGUGGGACAGGCGGAAGCGGCGUCUGAAGGUGCUUGUGAAUUUCUCUUGCUGAGCACUUGGAUUGAUUUAUUUCAUUCAAUAUGCCGGCUUAUCACUCAAACUUGAUGGUCCCCGAUACAAGGCUGGUGGGGAAUAUGGCCUUGCUCCCCGUUAAAACUCAGUUUAAAGGACCUGCCAGAGGAGACGGUAUUGAUUCUGAUAUAAUCGAUGAAGCUAUCUACUACUUCAAGGCCAAUGUUUUCUUUAAGAACUAUGAAAUCAAGAAUGAGGCAGACAGGACACUGAUCUAUAUCACGCUGUACAUUUCUGAAUGCCUGAAGAAGCUACAGAAGUGCAGCUCCAGGGGCCAGGGAGAGAAGGAGAUGUACACUCUGGGUAUUACAAAUUUCCCCAUUCCUGGAGAACCUGGAUUUCCUCUUAAUGCCAUGUAUGUUAAGCCCACAAACAAGCAGGAGGAAGAGACCAUGAGGGCGUACCUGCAGCAGCUCCGUCAGGAGACGGGUUUGAGGCUUUGCGAUCGUGUGUUUGACCCCCAGACUGACAAACCCAGCAAGUGGUGGCUGUGCUUCGUCAAGAGGCAGUUCAUGAACAAAAGUCUGUCUGCUCCCGGACAGUGAGGCAGAAAUGGCUCAAAGUUUGUUCAGCAGGUGGUUUGAUUAAAGAAAAGUGCUUUUCUGUCAAGGUUUUAUACUAUUUGAGUUUAAGUUUGUCUUCACUUCUCUGGUGGUUGAUUAUAUUGAGCUGGUACUUAAUUCAAUAAAGAAACUAUGUGGGUUGAA